UUUUUUCUUAAACCACAAUUCACAUAGGCAAAAACUCCACAUCAGUUGUAGUUUAACUUAACUAUGGAGCGAAACUGCUGUUGCCUCCUCUGCAUUCAUCCUUAUCAGAGAGCUUGUUUAUUUUGCCUUUUUUGUUUCAAAGUUAAUGUUUUAACACCAGACAGACGUUUCCUCACCACAUCGGUCUGUUUGCACCCACCGUUCAAGGACAACAGAAAAAGUUACUCUGUACCCUCCCCUACACACAGACACAAGCGCGGUACAGUCUCAGGUUAGGUUUUUAUUGGACGCACAGAAAGGAUAACAAUGACCACGUGCUGCUGUUUACAGACUUUCAAAUAUCAGGCGGGAUUUUAGUGGUAUUAAAAUGCAAACCAAGUGACCAAAAGACACAAUCUGAAUUUGACAAGCUAUCUUGUUUCUCUCCUGAUCCAACAUGGGGAAUAACCAGUCGUCAGACCAGUUGAGUGGCUUCAGUUCAUGCAGUGUUCCUGUUUCCACCAAAGAAAAGAAACUUCACCGCAGCACAGAGGAUGCAACUCUGCAACCCCCCCCGGGGCACCGCCAGUACUACACCCUGCCGAGCAAUGGUGCCGGUGUGGAGAGGAGAACUUCUGCUCCUCCAGUCAGCGUCAGUGUGGAGUCACCUCGCUUCCACCCCCACGCCAAAGGCAAAAACAUCCGUCUGGAUGGGCAGCUCCGUCGCGCCACCCGCAAAAACAGUUUUUGCAACGGCAUCACAUUCAGCCACCGGCCUGUGCACCUCUAUGAGAAGGUUCGUCUUCGUCUGACCGGAGUGCACACUGGCUGGAGUGGAGCUCUGCGCUUCGGCUUCACCAGCCUGGACCCCAGUGAACUGUUGGCCACCGACAUCCCCAAGUACGCCUGUCCGGACCUGGUGACUCGGCCGGGCUACUGGGCCAAAGCUCUACCGGAGAGACUGGCGUUGAAGGACAACGUCCUGUCGUUCUGGGCCGAUCGUCACGGCAGAGUUUUCUACAGCAUCAAUGAGGGGGAGCCCAUCCUCUUCCACUGUGGGCUCAGCAUCGGCUGCCCCCUGUGGGCCAUCAUAGACAUCUACGGCAUCACUCAGGAGGUCACACUUCUGGAGAGCACCUUUGCCGAGAGCGUGGGCUCCAGCUGCCUGAGCGCGGCCCGUCUCAGCGCUUACCUGCCGCAGAGCAACCAUGACUCGGCCAACUACAACAACAACCAGCUGGAGAACAACCAGACGGCCGCCGCCAAAAUGGCCAACCUGCAGCUGAACAACUACACACACAUCAUCCCCUGCUGCUCCUCCACGUCGUCCACCUCCACACCCUCCUCAUCAACCACCAAUGGAUUCAGCAUCCCCCGGGGGGCUCGGGGCCCCCCUUCCACCCUGGACAAUGAUUUGCACUUUCACCCGGUCCGCGGGGCUGAUGUCAUACUCUCUGCCGACCGCUUGGCCGCUUGCAUCCACUUUCUGGACAGCAGUCGGACUCUGGUUUUCAGCGACCGACCCCUGCAGGUGGGAGAGACGCUGUACGUGGAGGUGGGCCACCUGGGCUUGCCCUACUUUGGGGCACUCUUGUUUGGUCUGACGUCCUGUGAUCCGGCCAAUCUCCACGCUGGGGACCUGCCGGCAGACCCUGAGGUUCUGCUGGACCGUAAAGAGUACUGGGUGGUGCACAGGGACUUCCCCAUGCCUUGUUCUGGAGACGUGCUCAGCUUCAGUCUCCUGUCCAGUGGAGAGGUUCACCAUGGUGUGAACGGAGUGGGACGCGGCCGGCUGCUCUGUGUGGACUCCUCACAGGUCCUGUGGACCUUUUUCACCUUACAUGGAGCCGUCAACAGACUCAGGAUUCUGGGAACUCUGCAGUCCAGUCCUCCCCCCAACUCACCCAGCACAUCUCAGAGCAGCAGCCCAGAGGACAGUGACUCAGACCUGGCGUUCAGUGUCAACCGAUCCUCCUCUGCAUCCGAGUCCUCGCUGGUCACUGCUCCCAGUUCCCCCCUAAGCCCACCGAACUCUCCCGGUCUCUCUGCUCCUGAGCUGCCCCCUGCUGGUAAAAAUGGAGAAUGCACCAUUUGCUUUGACCAGGAGGUGGACACUGUUAUCUACACCUGCGGACACAUGUGUCUGUGCAACGACUGCGGGCUGAAGCUGAAGCGACAGAUCAAUGCAUGCUGUCCGAUAUGCAGGAGACCCAUUAAAGAUGUGAUCAAGACGUAUCGACCGUGAAGGGUCUGGGGGUUUUUUUCGGACGCCUCUGGUGUUUCUUUCUCAGGCUUUGUUGACCACAGAGUUGAUCCUUGAUCUGAAGAUUAGCGACACCAGGAUAUAACUGUGCCCGUGUGAAAUACACACGAAGGAUAUUCCUGUCUGGAGAUUGACUCGUUCUCUUCAUACACACAACUGUGGUAAAGCACACGAGCCUCUAUAUUUUAACUGAGGACGAAGAGACGACUCACGUGCUACUGUUUUGUAUUUUCCAUCUGGUGUUGACUCCUCUGUUAUAUAUCCCUGCAGAGCAGAAAGCUCUGCUGUGAACACCCCCGACCCCCACCAUGACCCUCCCCCUCUUAAUCCUAGCUAUAUAAAUAUAUAUAUAUGUUUGUUUCCAGCAGAAUAUGCGACAUGUAGUCUUUGACUUCUAGUGCCUUAGAUGUGUCACAUUGUGUGUCGGAGUAAUUAUGCUAACGAUCCUAGCCAUAUUUCACUGUAGACCACUGAAGAGCCGGAGGUGAAAACGACAGCAUUUAUGCAAUAAAAGGUUGUUUGGCUAAGUGGAGAGAUGAAGCUAAAUGUCAGUGUGUUGUGGGGGGAACUGUAGGAGAAGUGUGUUGGAAAUGUUUGAAUAAAAAAAAAAAGAAUCUGUUUUUUGCACAU